CCAAAAUCUUGCAUAGAAACUUGGCCCAUUAGUCAAGCAAAAGCCCUUUUCUUACAUUCACAGGAGCGACGUCGUUUAGAAUCGACUAAUCGAUCUUCUUCAUUACAGCAAAAGGAAAACAAAAUCUCUCUUACUGGACCAAGACAAGAGAAGGAAACACUGUUGGACACUGCGGCUGUUCUUCCCUACGCCAAGGGUUUAGGGUUUUUCCUCCAUUUCCACUGAAACGUCGCUUUUUUUUUAAUCGCCGAUGUCGAGCGAGCUGGCCAUUUCAACUGACAGAGUUAAGAAAUUCAUCGACGAUCUCGAAUCCCAGAAAACAAUCCUAUCCAAAUGCACCCAAUUAUUUACAACCCUAACCAACCAUUUCUCUUCCCUCCAAAAUUCCCUUUCCCUAAAAUCUCAAUCCCUCGACUCCAGAUUCAUCUCCCUUUCUUCCUCAUCUUCCCAAACCCUAGAGUCCCUUUCCCUAAGCGAGUCCUCCAUCCCUGACCGCGAAUCCGCCGCCACUGCUGGCAUCGAGGCCCAAAAAGAAUCUGCUUUAGCUGAAUUCAGAAACCCCAUGACCUCAACCCAACUCUCCGAAUCAUUAAAAUCCCUUUCCCGCCGUAUGGACUCCACGGCGUUAAUUAAAUUCAUAGUUUCCAAAAGAAAAGAAUCCGUUUCAUUACGAGCUGAGAUCUCCAACGCUUUAUCCGAAGCCGUUGACCCGCCCAGGCUUGUUUUAGAAGCUGUUGACGACUUUGUUUCACAGAAAAUUGGGAAGACGGGAGGGUUGACUGAUAAGAGAUGGGCAUGCGGAAUAUUGGUUCAAGCAUUGUUACCGGAAGCGACAUGGAAGAAGAAAAAAGGGAAAAGGCCGGUGUUUGCGAGCAGCACUGUAGAAAGGGCGGGAAAGGUGGUUGAGAAAUGGAAAGGGCAGUUGGAUGGGGAGGGAGAAGGAGUUGGGGCAGCGGAGGCGGUUAUGUUUUUGCAAAUGGUGGUUGGGUUUGAGUUGAAAGAGAGGUUUGAAGAAGCUUUUUUGAGGAAGUUGGUUGUGGAUUUCGCGUCACGGAGGGAUAUGGCUAAGCUUGCUGCUGCUUUGGGGUUUGGUGAUAAAAUAGGAGAUAUUAUUGAUGAACUAAUAAAGAAUGGUAAAGAGAUUGAGGCAGUGUACUUUGCCACGGAGGCUGGCUUGACACAGAGAUUUUCUGCUGUUUCUCUGCUUAAGUCCCAUCUCCGGAACUCCAAAAAGAAUGCAACCACUAUAAUGAAGAAUGGAAACAAUACCGCAGCUGCAACAGAGGAGUCAAACAAUUUGGAGCUGAAUUCAAUCAAAGCUAUUAUCAAAUGUGUUGAAGACCAUAAGCUUGAAUCAGAGUUCUCUGUUGAUAACUUAAGAAAGCGAGCCACUCAGCUGGAGAAAGUCAGGGCGGAUAGGAAAAAGAGUUCAUCAGCCACUGGGAAGCCUCAAAAUAAGCGAGGCCAUAAUGCUGGUAGCAGCCGGAGCAGUGGGCCACAUGCUUUCCGUCCUGCUAAAGCAUCUAAAUUUUCAAAUGCCUAUCCCCCUUUUAGUCGCAGAAAUCCAGCUUCCUCUGCACAGCAUAGCCCAGCUGCACGAUAUUCUGGACCAUACACCUAUGGUGGCCAGAAUGUUUUUGAGGGCCCUACUGCUCCUUAUGCAUCAGCAUAUGGUGUGCCACACUCUCAAAGUCCUGCUGCAGUUACUCAACAGCACUACUCACACCCUGUCGAUAACAUGAUUGCUUCUGGUUAUCGGAGCAGCGGUGCUUAUGGGGGUCAGCCUAGUUAUGGAGCAUAUGACUAUGGCUCUGCUGCACCAUCUGCGCAUCAGCCUUCUUCGUAUACCCAAUAGUGUGGAAGCAGUAACCAGACGACUGGGAAAUUUUGUGUAGACCUCAUUGGUGUACUUGCAUUUGGAAGCCUUAUCUUGUACUCCUUUUUGUGUUCGAAUAAGUGACCAUCUUUUUCCCGCGGAAGGAAAAGCUAGAAAUGGUUCAGAUUCCUGAAAAUCUAUGCUGCCUGCCCCAGCUCUAUGUCGUUGUUUUUAUUUUGAGAUGACCUAGAAAUGUUAUCACUUAUAUGACUAAGCUAAAGUGAAGGUAUAUGAAUUCUUCCAUUGUGAUACUGAUUUGUUAGAAACAUUGACAGAGACAAUGUUGGAAGGAUGAAAAUUAAAUAUUGAGUGAAUACCCACUUUGCUUUGUCUUUCUUUUAUAUGGAAAGUUUUGAUCAAGGGCCAAAAAGUUUUAUCUAGAAAAUAUUUAAUCUCAAAUUCAAGGACUUGGUUUUUUAAUUUUUUUUCUUCUUUUUAAAGGGUAGAAGAUAUACUUCCAG